UUUUAGACAUAACCAAUAACCAACGAUAGAGAAGCACUAGUGGAGCCUCAGUGGCUGUAUAUGGAAUCGCAGGCUUUUUUACGCCUAAUGUUCUAAGGUCAAACUUUGGCACUGGAUCAGAAAUGAAUCUCCUGCCGAAGUCCCAUGCAGACUUCAGCUCUGUAGAUUACUGGGAUAAGUUCUUUAAGAAGAGGGGAUCAGAAGCAUUUGAAUGGUAUGGAGAAUAUCCAGAUCUGUGUGGCGUGUUACACAAAUACAUCAAGCCAAGUGACAACAUCCUAGUGAUAGGCUGUGGUAACUCUCAGCUGAGUGCUGAUAUAUAUGAUGUAGGUUACCAGAACAUUACCAACAUUGACAUCAGUGAGGUUGUCAUCAAACAGAUGGCAGCCAAGAAUGCUGAGCAGAGACCUGAUAUGAAGUUUCUGCAAAUGGAUCUGAUGAAGAUGGAAUUUGAAGAUAACACCUUCUCAGUUAUAUUGGACAAGGGUACUCUUGAUGCCAUAAUGACUGAUGACACUGAAAAAGUGAGCGAAGAUGUUGAUAAGAUGUUUAGGGAACUUUGCAGAGUCUUACGGCUUGGAGGGAGAUACAUUUGUGUGUCACUGGCACAAGACCACAUCCUGAAAAAAGUGGUGAACUUCUUUCCCCACGAAGGGUGGCCACUACGUAUCCACCGUGUCAGUGUCCAGCCCAAGGACACAGAGGGCCACAGGGAGUUCCAGAUGCCAGUAUUUCUAUAUGUCUGCACUAAAUUUAAGAAAAUGCCAAACAUGAAACAGAUCUUAGAGGUAUGUCAGUUAGAAGACCAGGUGUCCAGACUGGAGAGUACAGACGAGAUGACCACAGCGGUCAAGGAGAUGCAGCACUAUGCUAUGGUCAGGCAGCAGAUUAACAAAAGAAGUCACCCUGAUGACCAGAUAGUCCUUCACCUGUAUGGUCCCACGUCCAGCACCUCUCCCAGGUAUACCCUCCAUGUUGUGGACAGUGACAGGAAUGCCAGGGACAAUGUGUUUGCUAUUUUUAUUGCUCCUGAAGGAAGGGAGACAGAAUGGCUAUUCUCUACUAAUGAAGGAAGAAAACAGCUCUCUGAAAGCGCAGGAUUCCAACGGCUGGUUGUGGUCCUGCUACAUCGAGAUCACUCAUAUAUUGACAUGGAGAACAUCAAAGCUGAGUUAUCGGGUAAAGUCAUGGAGCUGGCCCCUGCUGAGCUGAAAAAUAAGACACAGGUACCGUUUCUGUCCCUGGGGGAUGGCAUAGGGCAUCGUACCAUCAAACACAGAGGGAAGAGUAACACAAGUGGUGAUUAUGUCAUAGAAGAUGUAGAGUCAGAUAACAAAGAACUCGUAAGGAGAUUGGUAUUUCUCAGCAACCCCAGUCUUGUUCAGUCAGAAGCCAGGUUGAAGCAGGAAACGUCGAAGAAAAAGAGUGGGAAGAAGAAGAAUGUAAAACGAUUGGUGGUUGACAGUAGCUUCUUAUCAUGCCAGCACCACAGUACAAUUACUGCUGGGAUGGCUCUGUUAGGAGACUUUGAGAAGUCUUUAGAUUCAGGUUUACAAAUGGCAAUAAUUGGUCUAGGUGGGGGUGGACUGCCUUUGUUUAUUCAUGAUCAUUUUCCUAAGGUCAGCCUAGAUAUUGUAGAGAUAGAUGACACCGUGGUCAGUAUUGCCAAGGAAUGGUUUGGGUUUGGCAGCGUGACAGAGGAGAGGGUUCACGUGUUUGUGAAAGAUGGUCAAGAUUAUGUCAAAGAACUGGCUGCAGCAGGUGAAACAAAAGAUGUGAUAAUAUUUGAUAUUGACAGUAAAGACAGCAGUGUAGGAAUGAGUUCUCCUCCCAAAGGUUUUGUGGAAGCCGAAUUUCUGAAAGAUGUAGAGAAAACGCUGCACAGCGAAGGUGUUUUUAUCCUCAACCUGGUGUGCAGAGACAAGUCAUUGCGAGAGAGCGUUGUGCAAAACUUAAAAAGUGUUUUCAAGACUGUACUCAAUGUAAAAAUCCCAGAUGAAGUCAACGAAAUUGUAUUCUGUUUGUCCAAUUCAAGACAGUCAGCAGUAGAAAUGACCCAAGAUUCAGAAAUUUUGCCAGAAACAGUGACAGGUGCUCUGAAGAAGUUACAAGACAGUGUAGAUUUAAAAAGCAAUGCAGCAGCAGAUGUGGUUAAUUUAACAUGCAGGCUGGAAGGCUUACACAUUUUAUAAUGAUGUUUAUUGCCAAGCUUAAUAGGAUCCACUUGAAUUGUUUACAUUUAUUAAAUGCUGUUCUCAAGUCUUUCCUCAUAUUUCUUACGUCCAGAGUGAGAAACUGAGAGAAAAAUGGAAUUUUUUUUUUUUUCGUUUUAAAUUUACACAUCAGAUUCGAGUGCCAAGCACUUUAAAAAUUAAAAUCAUUCAUAUA